UAGUUAAUCAAUCGAUCUUAUUUUGCUAUAGUAAGCUAUAUACUGUGUGAGAACUCCUGCCCCGUUGCGCCCGUGAGAAGUCCCGGCCACUGAAGAAACCACACGAUUUGUGUGUGAUCCCGUACCACGGUACUUCCCGUUCCAACAUUUAGCUCUGGCCAGCGGGUAUCACGUGAUUUAUUUUAUUUUAUCGCGACAUGACGGAUUUAUCUGUAAUUGUUUUCUUGGAAGCGGAUGUCAAUCGGAGAUAUAGCAGUUGCUAUGAUGACCUCGGAAUUAACGGAGGUGGUGGUCGUGAGGUUGCAUCCGUUGUGGCGGAUGGUCUGGAGGUGUCGUGGUCCACAUCCACCCUCCUGGGAGAUGGUCCCGAGAUGAAGUGGUCCACCACCACUCAGGGUGGUGAAAUGACCCACUUUACCGUUACAGCGGUUUGAAGAUGGCAUGAUGGAACGAAUUACCAUCCGUCGUGUGUGGUGGUCCGAAAUGUGCAGUGCAAUUGUGUAUCAUCUGUCACCUAGCUCAGCUCUCGAUGAAUUUGAGAUUUCGUGAAUAGGAAUUGACAAGUUUCAAAACACCCAAGUACAGAGACAAAAACGAACAAUUCGCUCUCUUACUAUGGGCACUUCAGGCCCUGGAAUCUUAGAAGUCUUCGAGCGAAGGAUAUCAAAUGAAAAGGUGGCAAAAUUGAGAGGGACUGCUCGGGUUCGAUUUGACCACCUGACGUUCCCAUACCCAAUUCGCAGCAAAGAUGACAAAUUUAUUAAGCAGUUAAAGGAAACCUUUGCGGCAGAAGGUUGCCUUGAUGAGCAACACGGAAUACCUGCCAUCAUUGACGACUCUACUUUUCAAGCGGCCCUGGACAGAACUUUAGUUGAUAUUGAUAGUCUCCGUAUUGCCUCUGGAAGCCAGCCGCCCAAGCUGGAAUUCCCCGAGAAUAUCCGACUAGAAUGCUUACAUGGACAGCAUCGGAUACUUGCUGCUAAACGUUAUUUGCCUACUAAGGAGAGAUGGUGGACGGUGGACUUCUACAGAAAAGACCUUGGCGAAGACGCAAGACAAAAUUUACGGGAGGGGUAUGGGUACUCCUCUAAUUAUAAUGAUGGAAUUAUAUUUCGCCAGCUACGUCGCUGUCAGGUAGCUACCGAUACACGAGGCGAAAAGCGGUGGAGGGCUCAGUAUCAUAGCGACACGAAGGACCAAAAUUUGACCCGUCUUCUAAAACGACCAAUUCUUCUCCAGGCCCUAGAUUCUAUACUACCGGUGAAAUGUCUAUGGAAAGACUUUCAUCUAGGCUCCUUAGAUGUUUUCCUGGCCUUGAAAUGCGAUGAGGUAUGACUAUUAAUAAGUCUCAAGGCCAGUCGUUUAAGCAUGUAGGUGUUGAUCUAUGGGCAGCUAUGUUUAGUCAUGGGCAAUUCUAUGUUGCAAUGUCGCGGACGUCAUCCAUAGCUGGCUUACACGUUCUACUUCCGGAAGGUGACGAUAACACAACACCAAACGUUGUAUAUCCAGAGGUAUUAUGUGAUAUUAAUUAGAAAUACUAUCUAUACUACUAUUCUACUG